AUGGCGUCCCAACCUGAAGGGUCAAACCCACAUUCACCACUCGAAGGCUGGUCCUUUCUCGACUCUGACACCCAGUCCGAAUUUUCCACUUCGAGUUCACUUGAGGAAAUCUUCGAGCAGAAUCGCCUGCAUCUGACCGUCAACCCUCUGGACCCAUUCUUGCCGACGAUUCGUCCCGAUGGCAUGUUCUCCGACCUCAUUCCUGAUGAACGACAACCUGCCUCGCCCCCUCUUCUCGGCACCGACUACCAUAUUCCCAUGGCUGGAACGGAUCUCGACCACCAUGACGGUGUAUUGAGCAACUCGAACGCCACCUUUCCCGGUGCUGGAUGUCGACUCGAGGGCCACUCGGAAGCCAACGUCUCCACCGAUUCUAAUUUAGCUAGAGAUGCUGCGCCUAACCAGACGCAAAUCUUCCUCGAAGAACUCGAUUCCAACACCCUUGAAUUCCUGGAGAGCGUCCACACCUAUGACUUGAUGGAGAGGGUCUCCUCCGACAACUCUGGUCUCGGCGGUAUGGGUUUCUUUGCUGAUACACCAACCGAGUUCGCUCCAGAACUAAACCAGUCACAGGCUGUUCAAGGUCUGGAUCAUCUCAACACAUUUGAUGGCGACUUCUGGUUUUCGUUUCCCACUGACGUGGAUAUAUGGUCACCUCUGCCUCCUGAUAUGCUAGACAACAAUGGCCACCAAUCUUUCGAUCCUAGAGCUCCAGGGGAGGUACAGCUGAACUCCAUGGCUGAUAUGUACGGGUACUCCGAACUCCUGGCCCAACCCGCUCCAGGUCCUGUCCCUCAGUAUCUCGCAGCUGACGCUCCUGCGAAUCAAGGACGCGGACAUCCUGGCCCUUUCGCUGCUCAAGCACGACCAAAGGCACCCGUCGCGAAGGCAUCUGCCCCGCUUCGUCGCUCUGACCGUUUGCGAAACAAAGCCCACAAAGGGGUAAGUGGAAGGUAA